ACUCACUUGAUCUCACUAUACUCUGCGUUAAGUGCGACAUGUGGCGCUCCACAAACGUUGCCAUUUUUAGCUCUUCAUCCUAGAGCUCAGUCCUAAAGUUACACUCCACUCGCUAUGACGCCUCCCGAUCGGUCCCAAUGGAAGCGCGUGGACGUCGUCGUGCCUGCAGGUCCCUUGGGUCUCAUCGUGAGUAAGAGUCCGAUAGGUGAGGGCCACGUCAUCGUGGACGGCUUCCGUCCUGUGGGCGCGGGCGAGCCUGGAGCUCUUGAGAAACACGGCGAGAUCGGCCCCAACUCGCUCUUGUUGGGCGUAAAUGCGCACGACUUCACGGACGCCGCAGCCUGUUGGAGCUUCGAGAAGAUCCGCGAGAUCCUCGUCAGCACCAGCGGCGCCGAGCGCGUCGUACGCUUCCUCGUGCCUCCUCCGCCUCCUGCCGUGCAGUUCGAGGAGAUCGCGGCGCAUGAAGGCGGCAAACGCUUUGCUGACGUGUACACACUGGGCAAGGAGCUCGGAGCGGGUACGUUCUCAGUAGUGAGGGAGGCUACGCACAAGACGACGGGUGAGCGCUUCGCUAUCAAGUGCAUUAAGCGGUCGCAAUUGUCAGCGGACGAUCUCCAAGCUCUGGUAGCCGAAGUGAAAAUCUUGCGGGAGAUGCAACACCCGCAUAUUGUCAAGCUGUACGACGUUUACCAAGAGGAAAAAUACUUUUUCCUAGUCACCGAAUACAUGCCAGGAGGUGAACUAUUCGAGCGGAUCGUCAAGAAGAACUUUUACUCGGAAAGAGAAGCCCGAGACCUCGUCAAAGUUCUGCUGGAAACCAUCGCCUUCUGUCACGACGCCGACGUUGUCCACCGAGACUUGAAACCUGAAAACCUGCUGCUUAGCAGCGCCGAGGACGACGCAGACAUCAAACUCGCGGACUUUGGGUUCGCUAAGAAGGCGAUUCAGAACGGUGACGCAGGGCUGUCGACCGCGUGUGGCACGCCUGGAUAUGUGGCGCCCGAGAUCUUGAUGUCCAAGCCAUACGGCAAGGAAGUGGACAUCUGGAGUAUCGGUGUCAUUACAUACAUUCUGCUGUGUGGAUAUCCUCCGUUCCACCAUGACAACCAGGGAGUGUUGUUCCGACUCAUUAAGGCUGGACGCUACGAGUUCGACUCGCCCUAUUGGGACGACGUGUCGGCCGAGGCCAAAGAUCUCAUCAGUAAGAUGCUCAUCUUGAAGCCUAGCGAGCGCUGGACGGCGCGUCAGCUGCUGGAACACCCGUGGAUCGCUGGAGACGCGGUCAAGGACGUGCAGCUCACCACGGCGCUCGAGGAACUGCGCAAGUUCAACGCGCGUCGGAAGUUCCGCGCUGCAGUUAGCACAGUCAAGGCCACGAUUUCGCUCACCAAGGCGCUGACGCUUGGCGGCAGUCCGCGUAGCAGCAAGGACAGCGAGGAUGAAGGGGAACAGCGGACGCAGAGUGCUCCUGCUGUCGUGAACGGCUCGGCUGUGCCGCCCCCGGCGCCUAUGGAUACAGCUUCUCAGUAGAUAGGAUCAAGCGGUCGCUUUGCAUGCUUGUGGGGCAGGUCGAAUACAUACUACUUCAACACUUGAAGACACAGUACCGCUUCAUGUGUGUGCGGUAAGAAAAACAAAGAGUGAUGGUCAAAAUGAAAAUAACGUUGUGUCGAAGGAUGAGGUCGUGAGGCAAUUUGCAGUUCUGGAAAUAGAUUGAGGACAAUGAAGUGAAGAUUUAGAACUGACAUUUCACUC